CAAGAUGUCGUGUGUUUAUUAACAUUCCCCUGUCAUAACCAAAUAAACUCUCGAUUUGCUCCAAAAAAUCACAAUAACAUAACAAAAAUGACGAGACACGCGAGGAAUUGUACAGCAGGUGCAGUGUACACGUACCACGAGAAGAAAAAGGAUGCGGCAGCAUCUGGAUAUGGUACAAAUGCCCACAGGAUUGGAAAGGACUCGGUGAAGGGAUUCGAUUGUUGUUGUCUAACUUUGCAGCCCUGCAGAAAUCCCGUCAUAACUCCUGAUGGUUAUCUAUUCGACAAAGAAGCUAUUUUGGAGUACAUAUUAACCAAGAAGAGAGAAUAUGCAAGAAAAUUGAAGCAAUAUGAAUUACAAAAGCAGAAAGAAGAGGAGGAAUCUAAUGAGAAAACAGCGACCGAGGAGCUCCAGAAGCUCCAGAACUUCUUCAAAUUCGAAAAGAACAUCGUCCCAUCCAAAGACGAGACAAAACCCAGCUCAUCGAUCUCGAACAUGGCUGAGGGACGAGAGAAGACUCUUCCCAGUUUCUGGAUUCCAUCUAAAACUCCAGAGGCAAAAGCCGCACCUUUAAAGAAACCUGACAAAACCAUCUACUGCCCUGUCAGUGAUAAACCCCUAAAACUCAAGGAUUUAAUCAAUGUGAAGUUCACUGAGGUGAAAGAUCCUGAUGACAAGAAAUCUCUCAUCGUCAAGGAGGCCAGGUACAUGUGCCCCAUCACGCACGAUGUUCUCAGCAACAGUGUACCAUGUGCUGUCAUAAAAACCACGGGAGAUGUGAUUACAAUGGAGUGCUUCGAGAAGCUUAUAAAGAAGGAUUGGAUCAAUCCUUUGGAUGGAAAGAUCAUUAAAGAAAGCGAUGUUAUCCCCCUUCAAAGGGGAGGAACUGGUUACUCAGCUGUCAAUGACAAUCUCGAGGGAAAACACGAGAGACCAGUGUUACAAGUAUAAAUUAUAUAUUUAAAAUUCCAUGAAUGUAUUAUAGUGAAUUUCGAAUAAAGAGUAAAAGAACCGACAG